CAUUGGCGCACGCGCAUGAGAAGAAAGCAACAGUGCUAGAGCACAACAACACAAGACCCACGGGAUAGGGAUGCUUCGAUGAAGAAAAUCGAUUGAAAUCAAAGAAAACAUUGACAACAGCCGACCCCGAUUGCUGUGAAUUUUGCCGAUUUCAUACGUGUAGAUGGUGCCGAGCCCAUGAACUUGGCUAGUCAGAGCGGAGAGGCCGGCUGCAGCCAGCUCCUCUUCGCCAACUUCAACCAGGACAACACGUCCUUAGCUGUCGGCACCAAAUCAGGCUACAAGUUCUUCUCUUUGUCAUCUGUGGAUAAAUUAGAACAGAUUUAUGAAUGUACUGACACUGAAGAUGUGUGCAUUGUGGAAAGACUGUUCUCAAGCAGCCUUGUUGCUAUUGUUAGCCUUAAAGCGCCCAGGAAGCUGAAAGUGUGUCACUUUAAAAAAGGAACAGAGAUCUGUAACUACAGCUACUCCAACACUAUUCUGGCAGUGAAACUCAACCGACAGAGGUUGAUAGUAUGUCUGGAAGAAUCGCUUUAUAUCCACAAUAUCAGAGAUAUGAAAGUACUGCAUACCAUUCGGGAGACUCCACCAAACCCCUCAGGGUUGUGUGCGCUGUCAAUUAGCAAUGACAAUUGCUAUUUGGCAUAUCCAGGAAGUGCAACAAUAGGAGAGGUACAAGUGUUUGACACCAUCAAUCUGCGCGCUGCUAACAUGAUCCCUGCCCACGACAGCCCGCUGGCGGCUUUGGCUUUCGAUGCGAGCGGUACUAAACUAGCCACAGCCUCAGAGAAGGGGACCGUGAUCAGGGUAUUCUCCAUUCCAGAGGGGCAGAAGCUGUUUGAGUUCAGGAGAGGAGUGAAGAGAUGUGUCAGCAUUUGUUCCCUUGCCUUCAGCAUGGAAGGACUCUUUCUCUCUGCCUCCAGUAACACUGAAACAGUUCAUAUCUUUAAGCUGGAGACCCAGAAGGAAAAGCCACAGGAAGAGCCCACAACUUGGACUGGCUAUUUUGGCAAAGUGCUGAUGGCCUCCACCACCUACCUGCCGGCCCAGGUGACGGAGAUGUUCAACCAGGGCAGGGCCUUCGCCACUGUCAGACUGCCAUUUUCAGGACACAAGAACAUCUGCUCGCUAGCCACAAUUCAGAAGAUCCCUCGUCUGCUGGUGGCAGCAGCGGAUGGCUACCUGUACAUGUAUAAUCUGGACCCACAAGAGGGGGGAGAGUGCACACUAAUGAAACAGCACAAAUUGGAUGGCAGUGUGGAGUCUGUCAAUGAGAUCCUUGAGCCAACAACCCACGACCGUCCGCUUGUGGCGCAGACUUACAAUGCCACAGUGUCCAAAGGCUACUCUGAGGAUCAGGGAGCAGUGGGGGGAGCCGGCAUGGAGGACGACAUGAGCUCCCUGCGUCUGGACGAGGAAAACGAGCAGCCUCCCAUGAUCUUGGAGACGGACUGAGCGCGCCCAGUGGGACAGGGAACGGGCACCUGCGUUACACAGCGGAAAGGGGUGGGGGGCACUCGUCCGGAGCUGCUACGAACUCGUAACUAAGCGGAAGGGUGGUUAAAUGAGACGUUUCAAAGCGGGCCUCAGCUGUAGACUAAUUCUCUCUCUCUCUCUGUCUCUCUCUCUGUCUCCGUCUCUCUCGCUCUCAGAUCCUCGCCUCCACUCCUUCCCUCGAGAGAGAGAGGAUUGGAGAAGAGGGAGAGAGAGGAGGAUAGUAUUUUUUUAUUUUUGGAAAAUCUCUGCUCAGCUCUUCCCUUCCCGGUUCUUAAAAAGAUACAAAUCACAGUGCUGCUCGCUGCUUAGCUUUGCAUGUACAUGUGCCAAGUGUAGGAAUCGCUCGUAAUAAUUUGCAUUCGUGUAGAUGGUUUCUGACUCGUACGGCGGGUGCUUCUCACGUUAAGUGUUGUCUGGAUCGUAGUGCUUUGUACAUUUGACAAGUUAGCAACUCCCAUCCCAGAAACCCGUUGUCAGAUGGCCGUUGGGGUAUGGUUUGAUUUGCUUGUGUCCAGCGUCCUGUAAGAGAGAUACUGAAGAGUGGCCGUCGGGGAGUAUACUCAAAGCUGGGGACGGGGAUUAAUUUUUCAGGCCCCGUCCUCUUUCCAUGACCCCUUCACAAACUCCAGGUGACACACAGCCUGCUGUAGGCUAGCCCUGCCUCCACUGCCCCCUCCUAUAGAGAUGGCCAUGACUCUGCUCCUGUCUCGUUAGUCAUUUUAUAUGGAGGAACGUAUCAAACGAUCUUCUUACCCGGUCUACAUUUUUUCAUUUUCGCUUCUUACAAGGCAUGCUGAUGUUAAAGGUUUGUGGUCAAAUGAGUAACCCAGUGUUUUCAGUAUGCCUGGAAUUAUGACCAGUUCUUGUUUUUAAAUGAAACAAUCUUAAAACUUUUGAAGACUGAACAAUAGCUACUAAACACUCAUGCAAAGACUUGCUUUUUGAUAAAGCUUUUUUCUUUUUUUGGCCUUGUUUUUGUUGUACGUUGUUGUUCGAAGGAGAGCCGAUUCCUCGGGUGUGUUUUUGAAAUGAAGACUGAGCCAAUCAGAGGAUGUUUCCAACCUGUUUUUUUUUUUCCAUAAAUAAAUUAACUGUGUUCCAGUCCUUUUCUCUGAAGCAUUUUGCGUUCAUGAAAAUUCUGAAAACGGAAGCUAAUGAUGUGCUUGAUUUCAGUCGCAGUCUCACAUCCUCGCGUGUGUCGAUUUAUGUAUCCUACCCAGCUUUAAAUGUUAAAUUAAACCCAUAAUCCUUUCAAUGAGAGACUGAGUUGUGACCCCUCAGACGUAGCCCAACUAGAAUGUCUUCAUAGUUCACAGUUUAUUUGCACACGGUUCAUUUUUUUUGUUUUUUAUUCCUGUGUUGACACACAUACUGCAUACGCACACACAUCAUCAUUUGGUGGUUGUGCACUGGUUGACUCACCAUGACCAUAUAUGGGUAAAUGGGGAAAUUCCAGUCGGUACAUCUGAUGUGGAGUUCAGGGGAGAGUUGGCUGGGAAUGGAACGUGUUUCCAUGCGGAGUCCCCAGAAGGGGCUACAGCAAGAUCAGAUGUGCUGCCUGAGACUCCUGCUUCCUGUCUCUGGAGAGCACAGGGUGAUGCAGAGCGGGGUGUCUCGCUAGUUGAGUCCGCUGCCUUUGGCUCCGAUUUUUGUCCAGGAAAUUGGAGCAAACAGUUAACUAAGCCUAUCUGACAUCUCUGGACUGUUACCUGCUAAGUCCUUUAAGAAAGAGAUGGUAGGGCUAUAAGGUAAUAAACUAAAAGUUUAUUUUAGUUUAUUACCUUAUGAACUUAAAUGCCCCAUAAAAUGAAAAACCACGCCCCUUAAAUGAGAAAUGAAUGGCAACAAAAAUGAAUGUAGUUUGUUAUAUCCGGUGGCAAGUGACAACUCCAAAUUAAAGGACCUGUAGGAAGCACUCUGUAAUCAAUUCUGAGCAUUUCUAAUGAUCCCAGCAUAUGAUGGGCCUGAAAUAGAUUUGUGAUGGCCAAUGUGCAUCUCAUUUCCUCACUUUAACCUGCAACUCUCCUCAUUUGUAACUCUUCAGGCAGAUUAAUUGUGACUGGAGUGGAGUAUCCUCUUGGCUUGACUUACACAUACAAUAAGGUUUAGCCCAGGAUCAAACUCACUGCAGUGGCCUAAGUGCCCAUAUUUCAGUGACAUAAUUGUUGUUCAACCCAUUUACAUCGAUUUUCUGAGACGGCCGAACUGAUGGAACUUGGAAGAAAAUGAAAAGGGGAGAGAAACGCUCUUACAAUAUAUCGGUCAAAUUUAAGGACGAUGUGCACUGCAGGUAGAUUUCAUAGGGCCCUUCUUAAAACUACUGAGUCUAUGAACUAGCAGCGCGAAGAGUGCCAUUACACUCUUGUGGACUUUGUGAUGCAUGUGUUUCUCAUGAGUCUGUACUGAAGUUGUGUAGAAGUACUCAUUUCAGUUUGUACUUCACAGCGGCGAAGCUUUCUUUCAAAGCAAUCUGUGGGCUGUCUAAUGCUAACCCACAGUAAGUGAGUUUUCUAAUCAUUUUUUUUUUUUGUAUGAAAUGUGAAUUGUUCCUUAUAAAAACUGAUCUAUAUACACAAAGGAGGAAUUUUCUGUGUAAAAUAAAAUAUGAUUCUAUGUGUGUGAAA